AUGGCCUCCAAGGAGAGUGUACCACGAAAAAGAAGAAAGAGACAGAGCAAAAGGUCUGUAAAGGUGGAAGAAUUAGAGCCUGAAGAGUUUGAGGUGGAAAAAGUGCUGGGUCGCCGUGUACGAUGUGGCAACAUAGAAUACCUCCUGAAAUGGAAAGGAUAUUCAGAUACAUAUAAUUCCUGGGAAACUGAAGAAAAUUUAAACUGUGCUGACUUAAUCACAGCAUUCAUAAAUUCUGAUGAAUCUGGUUCACCUCCAAGUGAAUUUGAAGAUAGGAACGGCUUUGCUAGGGGUCUGAAACCGGAAGAAAUCAUUGGUGUCACUGAUGUUUGUGGAGAAUUGAUGUUCCUCGUGAAAUGGAAAAAUGCAGAUGAAGUUGAGUUGGUGCUGGCAAAAGAGGCUACGGCUAAAUGCCCUCAACUUGUAAUUGCUUUUUACCAAGAAAGACUAAAUUGGAAUGGAAGAUGA